UAUGUUGUGGGCGUUGCGUAUAGGUCUCGCUAGCCCAAGCUAGAAGCUGCGCGGGUACAAUGAUGGAUUUUGACGAGAGGGUUUCCGUUGGCUCCAACAUGUAUCUGCCCAGCUGCACGUAUUACGUUCCGGGGGCUGAUUUCUCCACGUUGCCCUCUUUCAUUUCCCAAAGUCCGUCUUCUCGUCCAGUUACCUACUCUUACUCAUCUAACCUGCCUCAGGUACAGCAUGUCAGGGAGGUUACAUUCCGAGACUAUGCUAUUGACGCGUCCAGUAAAUGUCCUCACCGGGGUCCACUGGCUCAGUGUUAUCCGUCGGAGGACAUAGUACACAGGGAGUGUUUACCAGCGGCGACGACAGUUGGUGAAAUGUUCCCCAAGAAUAAUGCAUCUGCGUAUUAUCACUCAUCGAACUCGACCUCCGCGUCCAAUUUCUACGGCAAUGUUGGAAGAAACGGGGUGCUUCCUCAAGCAUUUGACCAGUUUUUUGACACCGCCUACGGGGGCUCGAACAGUGUUGCGACCAGCGACUAUGCAGCGAGGGAUAAAAUGCACUCCAGCAAACAGCCGACGCCAGCGCCCGCAGCGGAGCAGGAGUGCGAAGGAAAGGAGCGACAGGAGACCAGUAGCCCCGAGUCUUCUUCCGGAAACAACGAGGAAAAGACUAGCGGUGCGAGCAGUGGACCCAGGGUUCGCAAGAAGAGAUGUCCCUAUACAAAAUUUCAAAUCCGGGAGCUCGAGAGGGAAUUUUUCUUCAGCGUGUACAUUAACAAAGAGAAACGACUUCAGCUCUCACGGAUGCUUAACCUCACCGAUCGCCAAGUGAAAAUUUGGUUCCAGAACCGGCGGAUGAAGGAAAAGAAACUAAAUCGGGACCGGUUACAGUACUACAGUACCAACCCACUGCUCUGGGGCAAGGAAAUAACAAGAGAUACAAUACAACAGCUGCAGUAAUGAGAUCACAUACGAGACGUUAUACAGACUCUGAGCGGUUAACUUCAAGUUCGUGACAAGGCACCAUUCACGUGUAUACAAUUAUAGAGAGCAUAUAGGACAUUGAAAUUCACAUUUUAAAUACGGGUUGUUUGUGCUCGUAAUAGAUAAAUGUAUACAAUUUAAUUAAGAGCUCGUGAUACACACUGAACAUGGACUAUUCCGCUUGCAGUUGUGAUGGACUACACGCGACGAUGGAGUGAAACUGGCUGAAAUAUCCGAGUCUAAACAAGGAAAGGCUUUUGACAAGCCAUUCGUAUGGCGUGUUAAUUUUUUGUGGAGGAAUGUUGUACAGGUUGGCCUAAUGACUUUGGUGUGACCAAAUAUUAAAAAAAACUGCUAAAAUGUUAGCGUGACUGCUCCCAGUUUCCAAAUUAUUUAUUUGAUUUGCCACCAAAUAUAAUUUUCAUCCAUAGUUGUUAUAGUGAACGUCUUUAAGCAAUACUUUCUUCUACUGCCGUCACAAGCAACUGUGUACUGACUAAAAUCUGAUCAUCCAAAGUUUUCACUUGCUGCAAACUCUGUGAACACGGAAAUAAAACAGACAGUGAGCCUCACCGAACGGAGAACAUGCAAUCUCACUGA